AUGACAUCUACCCCAAAUUUGAGCGUAUUAUAUCUUGCUUGUCGAAAUAAUGAUAUUGAAACGGUACGAACACUUCUACCAACUAUGACUUUGGCUGAUAUUAACAAAAAAGAAUCGAACGGUAGUACAGCACUUCACGCAGCAAGCUAUCACGGGCACAUAGAGAUAAUAAUUCUACUUCUCAAACGCGGUGCAUCGCGUUCCAUCUGCAAUCAGUGGGGAUGUAUGCCAUAUGAAGAAGCACGAACACAAGCCAUCAAGGACUUAUUCAAACGACAAAUCGGAAAUACUCGCUUUAUUGCUGGAUCCGGUGCGACUGAAUGGAUUUGCUUUAAUGACCAAAACGCUUAUGAUCGCAGUGUUUUCAGCGGAGUGAUGGAAAAAAAUCCCUUGGAUGCUUGGCGUAUUGAUUGGAUAAAAGAAUUUUAUGUUGACAAAGAAAUGUCUGAUAUCGAAGGAAUUGAUGUGAUACGAGAAUUUUAUGAACUAGCACGUACGAAUCCACUCUACUUGAUUAAAGCUUACAGUGCAGAAACUGAUUAUUAUCGAUUACUUAAUUUGCAUCUGGCUAAUACAAAUUCGGCCGCCCAAAAUAGUCCAAUCGAUGAAGAUGUAAGUCGAUGGUAUCGACUACGAGAUCUUGUUCAAAUCUUUGCCUCGCAUGAUGAUCUGAAACCAUAUAUAUUUAAAGGUCGUGUCUUUCGUGGUAUGCAUUUGACACAAGAAGAAUUAGAGGCAUACGAAAUGCCACUGAAAAGAAAAAUAAUCA